AUACACGUGCCCUGUACGUGGAAUAAAACCAUGGCGACAGUAUAACAUUUUUGUCGCCUGUCUAUGUGUAACUUGAAAAAGAGACCGCCACACACCAUGUCAAACUCUAAUGUAGAAAGUCUCCCGGACGCCCCUGACGGCGGCUGGGGCUGGAUGGUGGUGGUUGGUGGGUUCAUAGUGAACGGCUGUGCGGCGGGAACCUUCCGGUCUCUCGGGGUGUUGUUUCUUGCUUUCCGUCAGCAGUUUGAUGCCAGCUCCGCGGAGACGGCGUGGGUAACCUCUAUCAUGAUGUGCGUCAUGUACCUAUUAGCGCCGUUCGCCACAGCCCUGGCCAGUACAACAGGGUUCCGUCCUGUCAUCAUGCUCGGCGGGGUGCUUAGUGCGACAGGCUACGUCAUCAGCGCAUUUGGAACUCGAGUGUACCACCUGUACCUGGCCAUAGGGUGUCUGACAGGUCUGGGAUGCGCUCUCACGGUCAGUCCUAUGAUGGUGACAGUUGGGCAGUAUUUCUCCACACGCCGUGCCGUGGCCAACAGCCUGGCGGUGCUGGGGGCCAGCAUCAUGUCCAUGACGCUCCCGCUGCUGUUUCAGUACCUGCUGGACGAGUAUGGUCUGAAAGGUGCCUUACUCAUUCUGGGAGGAGUCAUGUUGCAGGAGGUUGUCGCUGGCGCGUUGGUCAGACCGUUGAAACGUCACAGAAAUGAAAGCGACUCGGGCUUGGAGAUGUCUCCAAACGACACCAGUGACAAUCUGCUGGGAUCAAACACCGCCACGGAGACCAAAUCUGCUGCUGUAGUCAGGUUUUUCAAAAAACUAUGGACUGACAUGGAUUUUAAACUGGUGAAGAUUCGAUCUGUGGCUUUUUACUUAACGUCGUUGUUUCUGUUGGCCUUUAGCCUCAUCGUCCCACCCAUGUACAUCGUUCCCCGUGCGAGAGAUCUCCAGAUUGAGGACUACAGGGCAGCGUCUCUGCUCACUGCGAGCUCUAUCGCUGACGUGGUAGGUCGGCUGUCGGUGGGAGCCAUUCCAGAUACACCACACUUCACCCGACUGGACCAGUUUGGACUCAGCCUGUGCUUGUUGGGACUCACCAAUCUUCUCUGCCCGCUGGCCAUAACGUACCCAGGGCUGAUAGUGUACGCCAUAGCACACGGACUGUUCUACGGCGCUUUCGUUCCCACUUCCUUCACCUGCCUGGCUGAACUGGUCGGCCCCAAACGUCUUCCUGGCGCCCUCGGUCUCUACAUGCUGGUGCAAGGUUUCGCCUCCUUGACCGGACCGCCCUUCGCCGGUUGGCUGUAUGACCGAACAGGCAGUUAUGAAGUCGCGUUCCUACAAGCAGGUGUUUGUUUCCUGCUAGCCGGACUUCUACCCUUCAUCCUGCGCUUCACGAAAAGGAAGACAGAAGAGGGUGCUGACGAGUUGGAAGACGAUGUAGACUCCGUGAAAUCUGAUAGAGAAACCGCCACCUUCUUGUUAAUUACACAUGAAACAUCUCUAUGAGCAACGGCAUCAUCCGCCAUGAGUAUGCAUUAAUCUAGCUAAAUAUUUUUUUCAGGACUGAAAUCAGAAACACAACAUUGAUUUUCCUGGGCCUUAAGCGAAUGAGACCCUGAUUAGCACGAAUUGUCUAAUGGUGAUUUACAUAACUUCUAAACGUCACAAGUGUGUAGUUCUCACAAUUUACAACUAUAAGAA